AUGGACCGCCAGCAUUCCACGCAUCAUGAAAAGCAGCAAGAUGAUCUUGAGCUCGCAAAGACGAAAUCCAUAGCGGAAACCAUGUCCCCCAUGCGCGAGUUUCUCUUCGUAGGACUACUGUGUUCGGCGCAAAUGGUCACACAAAUAGGCCUUUGUAGCGUCUUGACCAUCCUCCACAUAAUCGGGUCCGAUCUUGGCAUCACUGACCCGGGCGUUCUCGCAUGGUUGAUAGCAGGGUAUUCGCUGACGGUUGGUGGUGCGAUAAUAGGCGGAGCAUUUGCAGGUCUAUGGUCGCUUUUGUGGUGGCCGUGGUCAUUCUGGGCUUUUGGAGUCGCCCUCUUCGCAAUCGCCAUUCUAUCCAUGUUUAUCCUCCCAUCAGUGCCUUUGGAUCCGGAGAUACGCAGUCUUUCGUACAAGGAGCGGAUUCGAGAGCUGGAUUUGCUUGGUGCAACAGUCGGCAUCACGGCCAUGAUUCUCUUCAACUUUGCGUGGAACCAAGCUCCGGGCUUCGGAUGGGAGCAGCCGUAUAUCUACGCAAUGUUGAUUGUGGGCAUCCUUCUCUUUCCUGUCUUCUUCUGGAUUGAGAUCAAGGUGUCUGAGAAACCACUAAUUCCGCUCGAUGCACUCAGUACGGACGUCUCGUUUGUGCUGACAUGCAUCAUGUGUGGCUGGGCUGCUUUUGGCAUUUGGGUUUACUACUACUUCCAGUUUUUGCAACGACUGCGAGGCGAAUCGCCACUUCUCACCAUAGCGCACACAUGUCCUGUGGCGAUAUCGGGAUUCAUCGCCGCCAUCACUACCGGCCAUGUCAUCUCGCGCAUCGGUCCGGGCUGGGUCAUGCUCAUCAGUAUGCUUGCCUUCUUGACAGGUAACAUACUCGUUGCUACCAUGCCCAUACAGCAAAUCUACUGGGCGCAGGCUUUUGUGACAACCUUGGUCAUUCCUUGGGGCAUGGAUAUGAGCUUCCCGGCUGCUACGCUGAUCAUGAGCAACGCUGUGGCAAAGAGGCACCAGGGCAUGGCCGCCAGUCUGGUGAAUACAGUGGUGAACUACAGUAUCAGCAUUGGUGUAGGUAUUGCGGGUACAGUGGAGGCGCAUGUGAAUAAUGGUGGGACAAGGGUAGAAGAUGAGCUGGCUGGGUAUCGUGGGGCGUUGUAUGUCAGCGUAGGGUUGAGCGGCAUUGGUGUCGUGACUAGUUUGGUGUUCCUGCUUAAGAUGUGGAUGAGGCAAAGGAGGACAUGA